CAGGCGAACCUCCCCCGGCCGGCGCCCGCCUGCCCGGGGGCCACGUCCCCGGGGCCGCCUUUCCACGGGGGCGCGCGGCGCGUGCGGCGCCCGCCGCCUCGCCCUGCGGGGAAACGCGGCACGUCUGUAUCCGUGUCAUCAUGCCAUCGCAUCCGGUGCACCGGGGAACCCUGCUGCUGGCGUGAUGGCCUGAGCACGAAAUGCCCGUGCUCGAAACUCUGCAGCUGACCAGCCUCUUUCAUAUAUGGCGUUUAUUUACAGCUGAGGAUCUUGAGAUCCGAAACGACUCGCACGCGGCUGACCCCGGGGCAGAGGGGCGCCUGAGGUUUUCGGAUUCCACGUUAGCCCUGGCACUUCAUAGUCACAGUGCCUUUCUGUCAGUUUUCCUUUCCGUAAAAGGGUGCUAGCAAUUAGGGCCAGGAGUGUUCUUAGGACGGGGUGAGAAUGUAAGCCAGAGGUUUUGUAAAAGUCCACAUGGGUGUAGCCGCGGUUAACAGUCUCAUUAGUUGACAGUCCCUCUGCCUUAGGUGAAUUCAUCUUGCCCUGUUAGCUAAACUGACUUCUCUCCUCAGGGCUGAGCAGGUGACUUGAGUGAGGCUCCAAGAGUAGAAAACAAACAAAACAAAACAAAACAAAACAGCGGCUGCAGAAGCAAUGGUGAGAGUAGGGAGGCAGGUGCCCAUGGUUUUGAAGAUGAAAUAGCAAGUGAAUCAGGGGCCAGUCCCUUUGAAGCUUUUAAAAAAAAAACUUAGUUAGUUAAGCAUUCCCAGGAAUGUGGCAGACCCACUCAGGAGAGAAUGAUGAUGGCAGCUUGGUGUGUACUGGGCACUAAGCCCCUUUUCCUAUUAGCUCUUUUAACCUUUACAGCAGCCCUACAAAGUAUCUGUGUUAUUCUCUGCCUUGCAGAGGAGGAAAUUGAAGUACAGAGCCCUGAGGUGACACACGUGGUGAUGGAGGGGACCUCAGCAGAGGAGGCCACCUGCUGGCAGGAGCGCAAGAUAGCAUCUCUUCCCCCAGGUGGCAGCCACCCAGCACUGUUAGACAUAAGCUGGUUCACAGACAGCAUGGAAGCUGGGCAUCCUGUCCCUGUGGAGGGCAGACACCGCCUGGAGGUGGCUGUGCCCAGGAAGGAGCUGCCAAGCCCAGCAUGGAUGCCGCCCUAUGCCUGCCAGCGCCCCACUCCCCUCACACACCACAACACCAGCCUCUCGGAUGCUCUGGAGACACUGGCGGAGGCAGCGGGCUUUGACCGCAGUGAGGGCCGCCAACUCUCCUUCUGCAGAGCAGCCUCAGUGCUCAAGGCCCUUCCCGGCCCGGUCACAGCCCUGAGCCAGCUGCAGGGGCUGCCCCACUUCGGAGAACACUCCCGCAGGGUCGUCCAGGAGCUGCUGGAGCACGGAGUGUGUGAGGAGGUGGAGAGUGUCCGGCUGUCAGAGAGGUACCAGAUCAUGAAGCUCUUCACCCAGAUCUUCGGGGUCGGGGUAAAGACGGCUGACCGCUGGUACCAGGAAGGGCUGCGGACCCUGGACGACCUCCGAGAGCAGCCCCAGAGACUGACCCAGCAGCAGAAAGCAGGCCUGCGGCACCACCAGGACCUGAGCGCCCUGAUCCAGCGGUCGGACGCCGAGGCCCUGCAUCAGGCGGUGGAGGCGGCCGUGGGGCAGGCCCUUCCCGGGGCCACCGUCACGCUGGCCGGCGGCUUCCGGAGGGGGAAGUUGCAGGGCCACGACGUGGACUUCCUCAUCACCCAUCCCCAGGAGGGCCGGGAGGCAGGGCUGCUGCCCAGAGUGAUGUGCUGCCUGAAGAAACAGGGCCUUGUCCUCUACCACCAGCAUCAGCGCAGCCAACAGCGAGACCCCGCCCACCCGGCCUGGCAGAACCACAUCAUGGACGCCUUUGAGAGGAGUUUCUGCAUUUUCCGCCUGCCGCAACCCCCGGGGGCUGAUGUCGAGGGAUGCCAGAAGCCCUGCCCCACCUGGAAGGCGGUGCGCGUGGACCUGGUGGUCGCCCCCAGCAGCCAGUUCCCCUUUGCCCUACUCGGCUGGACCGGCUCCAAGCAUUUUGAGCGGGAGCUGCGCCGCUUCAGCAGGAAGGAGAGGGGGCUCUGGCUGAACAGCCACGGUCUGUUUGAUCCAGAGCAGAAGACGAUUUUCCACGUGACUUCAGAGGAAGACAUCUUCAGAUACCUGGGCCUUGAGUACCUUCCCCCAGAGCAGAGGAAUGCCUGACCCUGUCAGUCGGCCCCUACUUCCACUCCUUGGAAAUGGGGGUGCUGUUCAAGCCAUACCCUAUGGAUGUCCUUGGUCCCUGGACGUUUUCAUGUGGAAGACGCCCUCCUGCCCCCAGUCCCCACUCCCCCCAAGUGGGAGCCCUGUCUGUGCGGACCAGCACUCCCCCACCCACACCCGGUUCAAGAUGUAAUGAAAUGAGCACAUGGAACAAA